AAUGAGAGCGGCGCUGGAAGCGGCGGGCAGGAAGACGUAAGCAGGCUAACUAUAGCCGCCGGGAGCGCGAGGGGAUGUAACCUGUUUGGCUCGAGGCUGCGAGGUGCGUAAUCCCGAGCCGGCCCCUUGCGGAGCGGGGACAGCCAGCAUUGCCACAGGUGAUUUGAUUUCCUAUGACGGUGGCUUAGCCAUCUGGGCCAGUUUCGAAACAUUCUUGUUUUAAAGUCCUUUUGGACAGGGUGUCAUCUGGAGAAGGGGGACGACUCCAGUAAAAGUCAUACGGUUGAGAAAUUGACGAUCGAAAUUGAAAAAGUGACUCCUCGGGUUACCUCCUCUCCUCUCCGCGAGCCAGACCGGAGCCAUGGCUCGCCCCUUACUCCUCUGCCUCCUGCUCGCUCAUCUGGGACCGGGAGCUGUCGGCGCCAGCCGCGACCCUGCGGGACGGCCGGAGUCCCCUCGGGAGAGGACCCUGCGAGGGAAGCAGCACGCCCAGCAGCCGGCUCGAGCCUCUGCCUCCGACCCCUCGGCUCCCUGGAGCCGCUCCACGGAUGGCACCAUCUUAGCGCAGAAACUCGCCGAGGAGGUGCCCAUGGACGUGGCCUCUUACCUCUACACCGGGGACUCCCACCAGCUGAAGCGAGCCAACUGCUCCGGACGCUACGAGUUGGCUGGCCUGCCGGGGAAGUCGCCAGCCCUCGCCAGCUCUCAUCCUUCCUUGCACGGGGCGCUGGACACACUGACACACGCCACCAACUUCCUCAACAUGAUGCUGCAGAGCAAUAAGUCGCGGGAGCAGAACUUGCAGGACGACCUGGAGUGGUACCAGGCGCUGGUGCGGAGCCUCCUGGAGGGAGAGCCCAGCAUCUCCCGGGCGGCCAUCACCUUCAGCACCGAGUCGCUGUCCGCACCGGCCCCACAGGUCUUCCUCCAGGCCACCCGUGAGGAGAGUCGCAUACUGCUCCAAGACCUAUCCUCCUCCGCGCACCACCUGGCCAAUGCCACGCUGGAGACCGAGUGGUUCCACGGCCUCCGGCGCAAGUGGAGGCCCCACUUACACCGGCGCGGCUCCAAUCAGGGACCCCGGGGCCUGGGCCAUAGCUGGCGGCGCAGGGACGGACUUGGCGGGGACAAGAGCCAUGUCAAGUGGUCUCCGCCUUAUCUGGAGUGCGAGAAUGGGAGUUACAAGCCCGGGUGGCUGGUAACUCUUUCCGCUGCCUUCUACGGGCUGCAGCCUAACCUCGUCCCGGAAUUCAGGGGUGUCAUGAAAGUUGAUAUAAAUCUCCAGAAGGUGGAUAUUGACCAGUGUUCAAGUGAUGGCUGGUUUUCCGGAACUCACAGAUGCCACCUUAACAACUCAGAGUGUAUGCCGAUCAAAGGCCUAGGAUUUGUACUCGGAGCCUAUGAGUGCAUUUGCAAAGCAGGAUUCUAUCGUCCUCAAGUCUUUUCAGUGAACAACUUUCAGAGAAGGGGUCCUGAUCAACAUUUUUCAGGAAGUGCAAAGGAUGUGUCAGAAGAAACCCAUGUCUGCCUACCGUGCAGGGAGGGCUGUCCCUACUGCACUGAUGACAGCCCGUGCUUUGUCCAGGAGGAUAAGUAUUUGCGACUUGCUAUCAUCUCCUUCCAAGCCCUGUGUAUGCUGCUGGACUUCAUUAGCAUGCUGGUGGUCUACCACUUUCGCAAAGCAAAGAGCAUCAGAGCAUCAGGCCUUAUUCUGCUAGAAACGAUCCUUUUUGGGUCUCUGCUCCUGUACUUUCCGGUUGUUAUUUUGUACUUUGAGCCAAGCACAUUUCGCUGUAUUCUGCUAAGAUGGGUCCGUCUUCUCGGUUUUGCUACUGUGUAUGGAACUGUCACUCUGAAGCUUCACAGGGUUUUGAAGGUGUUUCUUUCACGAACAGCCCAACGAAUUCCGUACAUGACUGGUGGCCGGGUCAUGAGGAUGCUGGCAGUAAUACUCUUGGUAGUGUUUUGGUUUCUCAUUGGCUGGACUUCAUCAGUAUGCCAGAAUUUGGAGAGGCAGAUUUCACUUAUUGGCCAGGGGCAAACUUCCGAUCACCUCAUCUUCAAUAUGUGCCUCAUUGAUCGGUGGGAUUACAUGACAGCAGUUGCUGAAUUUUUAUUCCUCCUGUGGGGUGUUUAUCUCUGCUAUGCAGUGCGGACAGUCCCAUCAGCAUUUCAUGAGCCGCGCUACAUGGCUGUCGCAGUCCACAAUGAGCUCAUUAUCUCUGCUGUAUUCCAUACAAUUAGAUUUGUUCUUGCCUCAAGACUUCAGUCUGAUUGGAUGUUGAUGCUGUAUUUUGCACAUACUCAUUUGACUGUGACAGUCACUAUCGGGUUGCUGUUGAUUCCAAAGUUUUCACAUUCGAGCAAUAACCCCCGAGAUGAUAUUGCUACAGAAGCAUAUGAAGAUGAGCUAGACAUGGGUCGAUCUGGAUCCUACCUGAAUAGCAGUAUCAAUUCAGCCUGGAGUGAGCACAGUUUGGAUCCAGAAGACAUCCGGGAUGAACUGAAGAAACUCUAUGCCCAGCUGGAAGUAUAUAAAAGGAAGAAGAUGAUCACAAAUAAUCCCCACCUCCAGAAAAAGCGGUGCUCAAAGAAGGGCUUAGGCCGUUCCAUCAUGAGGCGUAUUACCGAGAUCCCAGAGACUGUCAGCAGGCAGUGUUCCAAAGAGGACAAGGAUGUUGCAGACCACGGCCUGGCCAAAAGUGCUGCUCUAGUCAGGAAGAACCCACCAGAGUCUUCAGGUAACACUGGGAGACCCAAGGAGGAGUCCCUGAAAAACCGAGUCUUCUCCCUCAAGAAAUCCCACAGCACUUACGACCAUGUGAGGGACCAAACAGAAGAGUCUAAUAGCCUCCCUACGGAAAGCCAAGAAGAGGAGGCCACGGAGAAUUCCACACUGGAAUCUCUGUCAGGUAAAAAGCUCACACAAAAGCUGAAAGAAGACAGUGAGACCGAGUCCACCGAGUCGGUGCCACUGGUGUGUAAGUCAGCCAGUGCCCACAACCUCAGCUCAGAGAAGAAGCCUGGGCACCCACGAACGUCGAUGUUACAGAAGUCUCUCAGUGUCAUAGCCAGUGCCAAGGAGAAGACUCUUGGAUUAGCUGGGAAAACCCAGACAGCAGGCGUGGAAGAGCGUGCUAAACCCCAGAAAUCUCUGCCAAAAGAUAAAGAGACAAACAGAAAUUACCCAAAUUCAGAUAACACAGAGACUAAAGACUCUGCCCCCCAAAACUCCAAUCACUUGGAGGAGCCAAGAAAGCCUCAGAAAUCUGGGAUUAUGAAACAACAAAGGGUCAACCCCCCUCCUGCCAAUUCUGACCUGAGUCCAGGCACCACCCAGAGGAAGGGCAACUUUGAUAUUGGGGAAGUGUGUCCUUGGGAGAUUUACGACCUGAACCCUGGUCCUGUGCCUUCAGAAUCAAAAGUUCAAAAACAUGUAUCAAUUGUGGCUUCUGAAAUGGAGAAAAACCCAGCCUUUUCCUUAAAGGAGAAAUCUCACCACAAGCCUAAGGCAGCUGAAGUUUGUCAGCAGUCCAGUCAGAAGAGCGUAGAUAAGGCUGAGGUAUGCCCUUGGGAGACCCAGGGUCAGUCCCUUUUGGAAGAUGAGAAGCAUUUGAUUUCCAACACUCCGGUUCUCCCAGGGAGAGCGAAAGACGAGAAUGGAGGUCAGCACCACAUGGCCAGUGUGUGUGCUGGGCAGUAUGAGGAACUGCCCCCCAAAGCUAUAGCAUCAAAAAUAGAGAACGAAAAUCUCAACCGAAUAGGAGACCAGGAGAAAAAGACAUCUUCCUCUGAGGAAAAUGUGCCUGGCUCCUUUAACUCAAGUAAUAACUUCCCGCAACCAUUAACAUCGCGAGCAGAGGUGUGUCCUUGGGAGUUUGAGACCCCAGAUAAACCAAAUGCUGAAAGAAGUAUAGCUUUACCUGCCUCUUCUGCUUUAAAUGCAAAUAAGAUAGCAGGGCCUCGGAGAGAAGAGGCCUGGGAUACUUUCAAAGUGUAGCAUCCCUAUGGAGAAAAGGAGGAAGAGGAAACCCCAGAUUGGAUAUAAGACAGAAGGUAUAAGAAUAAAAAAUUUCCAGUCAAGGGGAAGAUGACAGACAGUGAGGUAAGGUCAAAGGCAUGGGCAGAAGAUGACCAGAGGGUGGGAGCAACAGCAUCAUAAUGAAGAAGUCAGACUUUGGCCAAGAAAAAUUAUUCUCCCGGUGACACUAGGAAAAUCUUUACAUUUCAGCAUGUUUAAGGGAAAUAGCCCCAAAUGUCUGCCCCAGAUCAAUAUUCACCCAUGGGACUUUGACAAUCCUAAGCAAAGCAAACCAGGAAAUAAAGAAGACAUAUCAGAUUUUGCAAAGAAGAAAAAGGUAUAGACAUAUAUAACUGAAAUUCUAAGUAACUGACUGGAAAGAACUUACAUUACCUAUUUAACCUUGAUAGCACUGCUAACUUAAUGCAUCCCAAAAAUACUUUUUAUAUUAAUGAUUGCUCUCAUUUUCUUAUAAAUGUAUGUUUCAGUACAUUGUUGUGUCUCAUAUUCAAGCAUUCCAGAUUGUAUAAUUUUUGCAAAUAACUUUGGUAUUAUGUGACACAACAUUUAUGCAAUGUGCAGCUAUUCAAUUGUUAUUGCAACUUACAAAAUACCUGCUAUCAAUCAACUUUAGUUGAUUCUCAAAGUAUAGUAAGCUUUCUCUGGCUUGGGAAGCCAUAACUGUUAUGAUAAAAACUUUUAAUUUGGGCUGUAGUUUAUAUAUUGUGAAUUUGAAUUUGACUGUGUUAUUUCACAUCAUGGUUUGUUAUACUGUCUUAAUCAGGGUUUUUUAUACAAGUUGAGUUACUUAGUUUGCACUUCUUGUUAGGACUCAGAAGCUUUAUUAAUAUUGGAGAUCAAGUGGUCCUACUGAGUCAGAUGUCUUGAUAAGUCAAGGACAACUUAUCCAUUGUUUAUUCAAAGUCAGAAAUAGAUAAUGCCUUCAUCCCAGUUAACUGUCCCUUUUAACUCUUUCAGUAUUUCAUACUAAACAACAUUUACUAAGGAAGAAGCUAAGAGGGAGAAAUCUAUACUGUGCAUUCUUAUUACUGUUGGAAAGGGAAGACCCUAGGAAUUAGAUGACAAUUACAACAGUACUAUGGAACCAGAAAGUUUGCCUUUCAAAACAAAGACAGAAAAGUAGCUCUUAAUAGCACUUUCAAGGGAUUAUUUUUUUAAGGAGAAAAAAUUAUGAUAGUGUCAAGAUCAUUGUAUGGAUAUAUUUUUAUUAUGCAGACUGAAAAUACAAUAUUUUAAAUUACCUUAAACUAUUUAUUCUCAUAAACUCUUAUUCAUUGCUUCAGCUAGGGGUAGAACCUGCUGGGCUCAAAUCCCAAAGAGGUUUUAUAACCUGAUAUAUUCAAAGCCUAUAAGGUGGUAUGGGGCUCUUCAUUCACCCAAGCACUGGAAUACUUAACAAGUCUUGCAAAUUGCCAUUGCGAGCCACUAGCUCAAAAUGCAAAGUGUAAGGUUUAUUUGCAAGGCAAAAACAGCCCCCAAAGCAUAUUUUAUAAAACUUACUGCAUUCCACACCAAUCUCUUAGCAUGAAAAUCCUAAGCUGCUGACUUGGCCCUGCCGAAGUGAUCAUGCCAUGAGAUUCCCAAGCUGUCUCACUUUAUUUAAAGACAAAUCACUUAAAAAUAGAACUGAGAUUUCCCAUCCUCUCACUCUAAGCACUGAAGUAUCAGCUGCCUAUGUGGCCAGGGCACUUCCAGCCUAAAUAACCUUUUUUUAAUUUUGUGAGCGGCAAGGAAAACAUGCUAGGAGGAUAAAAGAUGGGGAAAGGGAAUCAAAGGUGGACACAGGGCUGUUCUUUGAGAAAAUUAUCCUCAGUGGAAGGGAAAUAUGAAUUCUUCAUAUCCAUCAUCAGAAUCUUCUCAGUGGUUUUUAUUCAGGAGUAAGUGAGCACUUCACUGUUUUGCAAAACUGUGCACAAAUCUUCCUCACCCGUUUGCUUGCUACGCGUCUUACUCAGGUUGGUGGGGUAGGUUUGAAAAGAUGUAGAAGUUCUAUUUUUGUGUGUUGCCUUCAUUCAUUUCAUACAUUCCUUCCUUUCUCAUGAAGGCCUGUAGGCUUGGUGCCCUACCUUGAGGUAUCUUUGUGAAUUUGGUUUGGGAUUUCCAGCCCCACCUACUUGCUUCGUUUAUGUCUGAGGGCUGUUAGAACUUGAUUCGUUUCUUGAGAAAUAAGCGGUCAAGCAUCAGUGACUUUUUAUUGCACUUCAGGAUGAUCCUGCUAGAGAUGUGGCUUAAAAAAGACUUGCCAAACACCUUAGUACACAUUGUACAGUCCCUAGAUUAUUCUCCACCAGCACGUCUCAGUGAGGGUACCGAGGGUCUUUCCUAGAGUUUCAUUGCCAUUAUUUAUCACCAAAAGAAGUUUCAAUCUACAGUUCUGGAGGGUAUUUUCCCACACUGGUGACAAUAAGAAAGUGAAUAAAUACCAUUAAGGUCACAGAUGUUUCUAGGUUGUCCUUCUCAGUGCAUGUGCAGGCUGCAUCCUGUCCUUGUUUUUAAGCCAGGGUUUAUAAAUAAGUAGAUUUAUACCAACCUUAAUAGACCUGUAUAUUUUAUGCAAGAAUUAAAUGCUUUAUGACAUGAAGUAUAACUCAACCUAUUGUAAACUUUGGUGGCAAUAGAUUCGAAACUCGACAGUUCUCUCGUAUUUGCUUCCUAGGUUUCUGCAUGCAAGUGAUGACAGGUAGGACUGAAAAAAACACUGCCUUUUGACUUCUAGCAUUUAGCAACUGAGAGUUGUAGAGUCAAUAAAACUGUAAGUCUCUUCACUUAAUCUGUGGUUCUUCUGAAACUAUUAUCUAAACCUACAGCAUCCCACCAUGAAAUAUUUGGUAAAUUUAUGUUGUGACGUGUUGCAGCAUGUAAAUAAUAAUAACUUCUCUGCAAUAAAACAUAUUUAUAUGAAA